AUGAAGCAGCAGGAACUUUUAUCUUUAAAAGUACUUUUCUUUCAGGAGGCAAAACCUUCAACUGAGGACUUGGGGGAUAAGAAGGAAGGAGAAUACAUUAAACUCAAAGUCAUUGGACAGGAUAGCAGUGAGAUUCACUUCAAAGUGAAAAUGACAACACAUCUCAAGAAACUCAAAGAAUCAUACUGUCAAAGACAGGGAGUUCCAAUGAAUUCACUCAGGUUUCUCUUUGAAGGUCAGAGAAUUGCUGAUAAUCACACUCCAAAAGAACUGGGAAUGGAGGAGGAAGAUGUGAUUGAAGUUUAUCAGGAACAAACAGGGGGUCAUUCAACGGUUUAGAUACUCUUUUUAUUUUCUUUUCUUUUCCCUCAAUCCUUUUUUAUUUUUAAAAAUAGUUCUUUUGUAAUGUGGUGUUAAAAUGGAAUUGAAAACUGACCCUCCCCUCUCUUUAAAACAUCUG